AUGCAUGAUAAAGGAUACAAUACAUAUAAGAAAGGAAGCUCUUAUUCCGGCUGGGAGAAGAUUUUCCUUCGUCUGCCACAGCUGCUCGACUGUACUUGCCCUGCUGAAGAAUACAAAGAGUAUGUCAGAGAGGCCCUACGAGAUGGAAUCGAGGCCGCAAGCCUUGGCCCUCAGGCUGCGGAACAAAGUGGCUACGACAAGGAGGAUAAAAACCCGUGGUCAGAAUUUUAUUCAGACUACCACAUGCGACUAGUUGCAGGACGCGUCCAUAUCGUCGAUGCAACAACCCCUGUUCCCGGAGGCUCCGACGCAGGAAUUGUUCUCGUGAUGUGGUUCGACCAGUGUGGACGGGCAAUCCGUCGUUCUCGGCAGCCGCUAGAGGAUAUAUUGGAGAUUGCCAAUGUUUCCGAUGCCACGCUGAAAGAAAAUUCGUGUUGGGCCAACGUCCAUAUUGGCCAAUCCUAUGAAUGGAGGGCGCCCCUGGGUCCCACCUACGAGGACAGAGAAGAAUGUUCCGGGUAG